CUAUCCAGGUGGUGGCAGUGAUGCACCAAAAGCUGGUUUGCAACUGCAAAUAAACCAGAGAAGAAGAAAAGGAGGUGGCGGAAGAAGAAAAAGCAGUCCUGCAGUUUUUCCCACUUGAAGAGUUGAGUUACAUGUAACUAUUUAUGCUUGCAUGUUUACAGUACAGUCUUUUCUGAUCAUUUUAUUAUUAUUAUUAUUUUUUAUAAAGAAGAUCACUGAGGAGAAUACAUGUGUUGAUCUUUAAAUCGUGAGAAUAUGAUUCGCAAAAAAGACUCCAGUCGUCAGCAAAAGACUACGACCAGUCAAGAACAAAUGCAUACAGACCUUCACCGCUGCUCAUAUUGUGGGAAGAGUUUCACACACCAGAGGAGAUUAAAAACGCACCAGCGCAUUCAUUUAGGAAAAAAGCCUCAUCAGUGCUCACAGUGUGGGAAGAGUUUCAGGCAGAAAGGUCAUUUCCAACAGCACCAGCGCAUUCACACGGGAGAGAAGCCGUAUCACUGCUCACAGUGUGGAAGGAGUUUUGCUGAUUUGAGUAAUUUCAAACAACACCAACGAAUUCAUACAGGAGAGAAACCAUUUAUCUGCUCACAGUGUGGGAGAAGAUUUACUCACCAGUGUACUCUUAGAACACACCAGCGCAUUCACACAGGAGAGAAGCCGCAUCAAUGCUCACAGUGUGGGAAUUGUUUUGCUGACUUGAGUAAUUUCCUACAACACCAGCGCAUUCAUACAGGAGAGAAACCAUUUCUCUGUGUACAGUGUGGGAGAAGAUUUACUCACAAGUGUAAUCUCAAAACACACCAGCGCAUCCACGAAGGAGAGAAGUCGUAUCACUGCUCACAGUGUGGAAAGAGUUUUAAUCUAGAGCGUGCGCUCCAACAACACCAGCGCAUUCACACUGGAGAUAAACCGUAUCAGUGCUCACAGUGUGGGAAGAGUUUUAAUCACAAGAGGACUCUCCAGAGUCACCAGAGUAUUCACAGAGGAGAGAAGCCGUAUCACUGCUCACAGUGUGGGAAGAGUUUUAAUCGAGAGUGUAAUUUCCAAACACAUCAGCGCAUUCACACCGGAGAGAAACCUUAUCAGUGCUCACAGUGUGGAAAACGUUUUAACCAACAAAGUGGUCUCCGAGCACACCAGCGCAUUCACACAGGAGAGAAGCCGUAUCACUGCUCACAGUGUGGGAAGAGUUUUAAUCGACUGGGUAAUUUCAAACGACACCAACUAAUUCACACUCAACUCAAAACACACCAACGCAUCCAUAAAGGAAAGAAGCCAUACAACAAAUUGCUUAAAGUCUUGUGCGUGGCGGUAAAUCACCUUUCAUCUGUGAAACCAUCUCAAAUCCAAAAAGAAGAGCUGCAGCUGGAGGAUUUUGGUUCAUAUGUAACAUUGUCUAGUCACUUAGCUGGAUUUUACCCUUUAAAUAAAGACACCAGUAGUCAUCAUACGACUGCUGGUGUUCUUUCUAUUAUGACCAGUGAAGAACGAAUGCACAUGGACCUUCACCGCUGCUCAUAUUGUGGGAAGAGUUUUAUUCACCAGAGUAGAUUAAAAAUGCACCAGCGGAUUCACACAGGAGAAAAGCCUUAUCACUGCAUAAAGUGUGGAAACACUUUCAGGCAGAAAAGUCAUCUCCAGACACACCAGCUCAUUCACACGGGAGAGAAGCCAUAUCAGUGCUCGCAGUGUGGAAAGAGUUUUGCUCGACUUAGUAAUUUCCAACAACACCAACGAAUUCAUACAGGAGAGAAACCAUUUAUCUGUGUACAGUGUGGGAGAAGAUUUACUAACAUGUGUACUCUCAAAAGACACCAGCGCAUCCAUACAGGAGAGAAACCGUAUCACUGCUCACACUGUGGGAAGAGUUUUGCUAACUUCAGUAAUUUCCAGCAACACCAACGGAUUCAUGCUGGAGAGAAGUUGUAUCACUGCUCACAAUGUGGAAAGAGUUUUUAUCUAGAGCGUGCUCUCCAACAACACCAGCGCAUUCACACUGGAGAUAAACCGUAUCAGUGCUCACAGUGUGGGAAGAGUUUUAAUCACAGCAGGUCUCUCGUUCGUCACCUGAGUAUUCACAGAGGAGAGAAGCCGUAUCACUGCUCACAGUGUGGGAAGAGCUUUAAUCUAGAGACUCAUUUCCAGACACAUCAGCGCAUUCACACUGGGGAGAAACCUUAUAGCUGUCCACAGUGUGGAAAAUGUUUUACUCAGCACAGUGUUCUCAAAGCACACCAGCGCAUUCAUACGGGAGAAAAGCCAUAUCAGUGCUCACACUGUGGGAAGAGUUUUAAUCGACGGAGUACACUCCAGUAUCACCAGCGAAUUCACACAGGAGAAAAACUGUAUCACUGCUUAGAGUGUGGAAAAAGUUUUACUCACCCGAGUAAUCUCCAAAAACACCAAGCUAUUCACAUGAGAGACAAGCUACAGAACAAAAUGAUGCCCACAAGAGCCUACAGUAGUCAUCAAACGACUGCUAGUGUUCUUUCUAUUAUGACCAGUCAAGAACAAAUACACACAGAACUUCACGUCUGCUCAUAUUGUGGGAAGAGUUUUACUCACCAGAGUAGUUUACAAACACACCAGCGCAUUCACACAGGAGAAAAACCUCAUCAGUGCUCACAGUGUGGAAAGAGUUUCAGACAGAAAGCUAAUCUCCAGCUUCACCAGCGCAUUCACACUGGAGAGAAUCUGUAUCACUGCUCACAGUGUGGAAAGAGUUUUGCUCAACUUAGUAAUUUCCAACAACACCAACGAGUCCACACGGGAGAGAAACCAUUUAUCUGUCUACAGUGUGGAGCAAAAUUUACUAACAAGUGUAAUCUCAAAAGACACGAACUUAUCCAUACAGGAGAGAAGCCGUAUCACUGCUCACAAUGUGGAAAGAGUUUUGCUGACUUGAGUAGUUUCCAAAAACACCAACGGAUUCACACAGGAGAGAAGCCGUAUCAGUGCUCACAGUGUGGAAAGAGUUUUUAUCUAGAGCGUGCUCUCCAACAACACCAGCGCAUUCACACUGGAGAAAAACCGUAUCAGUGUUCACAGUGUGGGAAGAGUUUUAAUCACAACAGGUCUCUCCAGCGUCACCAGAGUAUUCACAGAGGAGAGAAGCCGUAUCACUGCUCACAGUGUGGGAAGAGCUUUAAUCGAGAGUGUAAUUUCCAAACACAUCAGCGCAUUCACACCGGAGAGAAACCUUAUCAGUGCUCACAGUGUGGAAAGAGUUUCACCCAACGAAGUGGUCUCAAAACACACCAGCGCAUUCACACAGGAGAAAAGCCGUAUCACUGCUCACAGUGUGGGAAGAGUUUUAAUAAACAGACUUGUCUCAAAGCACACCAGUGCAUUCACACAGGAGUAAAACCGUAUCACUGCUCACAGUGUGGAAAGAGUUUUAAUCGACAGGAUACACUUCAGUAUCACCAGCGUAUUCAUACAGGAGAGAAACCAUUCAUCUGUGUACAGUGUGGGGCAAAAUUUACUCAGAAGUGUAAUCUCAAAACACACCAACGCAUCCAUACAGGAGAGAAGCCGUACCACUGCUCACACUGUGGAAAGAGUUUUGCUGUCUUGAGUAGUUUCCAAAAACACCAACGUAUUCACACGGGAGAGAAGCCAUAUCACUGCUCACAAUGUGGGAAAGGUUUUACUUACCCAAGUAAUCUCCAAAAACAUGAGACCAUUCACAUGAGAGAGAAGCUGGGUUAGUGUUGACCGUGUGGGAUGAUUUUUGUACAACUGUUUGCUUUUACUUUGAACAGAGAUUUUCUUGUUUAUUAGAAAAAGUUGGAUUUAUUGUAAAACUUGUUUCGGGUACUUGUUUCGGGUGUUGUCACUGUUUCUGGGCCUGCCAGACCGACUUUUCUAGCUAAGCUAGUUUGGUGUCGCUAGCCAAGGGGAGGCACAACUAAGCUAUCAUUUUAUGAGUUUAGCUGCAACAGUGCCAUGCAACAUACAUUAUCUUUCCUUAUGCUCUGCUGAUAAUAGCAAUUCCUAUAUGAGGAUGCUACUUAUUGAUUUCAGCUCAGAAUUUACAGCUGCUCAUACUGUCACUUUAGAAAAGUUGAUAAACAAGCUCACACAUCUUGGCAUCAGUACCUCCCUCUGGAUAAUGGACUUUCUCACAGACAGACCAUAGUCUGUGAAGCUCAGCAAAAUGACUUUGUCCACCCUCAGUCUGUGUGCUGAGCCCACUACUCUACUCCCUGUAUACUCAUGACUGUGUUCCUGCUUAUGGUUCUAACACCAUAAUCAAGUUUGCAGAUGACACCACAAAGGUUGGCCUUUUUAGCAAUCAUGAACGGCUUACAAGAUGAGGUCCAGCACAUGGCAAAGUGGUGUGCCAAUAACAAUCUGACCCUCAAUAACCAAAGAAUAACCUACCGGUUUUUGGCACAGGUCGUGGAGCGACUGGGUUUGGUGGAGGAUGGCAAGGGACUUGACGAUCUUGGCUAGUGGGGGAGGCUUCCAUGGCAGUAUCUGAGUCUUCCCCAAUUACAGUUUUUGUCACCACUGUAGAACCUUGGUGUGUAAAUGUGUGGAGGAAGACCUGGGAGACAGUUGGAAUUUUAAGAGCUCCACAGUCAAAACUCAACAAAAUCAAACCAACUCAACAGAAACCCAUGUCCCCCAAUAUAUUUUUUUUCUGAAAUUCUAUUAAUAUCUAAAAUAUAAACGAAUCAGUGAUUUUUAAAGUGCUGUUAUCUUCACCAAUAUAACCACCCAAUUCUACCUACAUAAAAGUAAAAUGAACAACAUUCAUUCAUCCUCAUCUUCCAAAUCAUGACCCUCACCCUUUCACUGCUAGCUUUUUUUUUUUUUUUUUUUUUUUUUUUUUUUUUUUUUUUAAACCAGGUGGUCCAAAGUAAUUUAUAGAGGUGAAAUUAUUUAUAAUCGUACUGCUCGGUGUCACCCAGAUGAGGAUGAGUUCCCUUUUGAGUCUGGUUCAUCUCAAGUUUUCUUCCUCAUGUCAUCUCAGGAAGUUUUUCCAUUUGCCACCGUCUCCUCUGGCUUGUUCAUUAAGGAUACGUUCAAAAAAUUUUAUCUGUAUUUCUAUAAAGCUGCUUUGUGAAAGUGUCCAUUGUUAAAAUCGCUGUAUAAAUAAAAUUGAGUUGAAUUGAA